AUGACACAGGCAGAGGAAGUAGAAUAUGAACUGCUUCCUUCGGAACACGACGCUCAAAAGCCAUGGGAGUCACAAGAACGAGCGGUGUUUCCGGCACGGUUGGAAACCCACUGCCUAGUUGGGAUGCUCCUUAUUUCUGUAUUGAUCAACGUGGUCCUAGUGCUUGGUUGGACGUCAAGUCGAGAUGAAUUGUUUGCGUCUAAGCAACCUGUCUGGGCCAACUCCAGAUACCAACGGGAAGAAGUGAAACUUGGAUUCACAGUAGAAAACGCAAUGUGGUGGAAUACCAACUACAGCGGGCCAAACGAGAGCGAAGUCGGUGAUCUUUGGCAUAAUGAGAUCCCAUGGGAAAGUGGGAUCAUCGCAAUCGACAAACAACAGGCCAAUGUGUUGGGAUUGCCUGAGUCGCAGUCUUUCCCAUGGGACGUGACGAAAGGGAUCUAUAUCCUGAAUGCGCAUCAUAUCCUCCAUUGCAUUCGCAAUCUAUACAUUUCCAUUGAGGAAUACCGUUACAACCGCCCUCAGAGUGUGACUUACCCCCAUAUCUUGCACUGUCUGGACAGCAUCCGGGUGGAGACCAUGUGCGCGGCCGAUGAUACCCUACGAUAUAUUCCUUUGAACAAUGUGUCUGGAUACAAGCCUGGGGAUGGACAGAAGCGCAAGUGCCGCGACUGGCAUCAAAUGCAGUCCUUCGUGGACAAGCAUGACCCAUGCUAUCGGUAUGUUUUUCCGGGCGAUGAUACAGUGUCUAAUUUGGAAAGAUUUAAAUACUGUCCUAAUAAUUCGUCUUACCUACCCAAGAUUCGAGAGUACUUUGGGUAUGGGGAUGACUGGCUACCAUUUCCAUAG